AUGGAGAAUAGAGAGUGGAUACGUGAUCCAACAAAAGAAAGUGACGAAUAUAUUCGAGGGGUUAACGAAUUUCUUGAAUUUGCUUUUCAAAACUCGGCAGAAAAUGGAAAAAUAUUGUGUCCUUGUGUAAAAUGUGCUAAUUGUGAUUCACAUUGUCGCUCAAGUGUUUACGAACACUUAACUGAUCCGCGCCGUGGAUUCCUUAGACGUUAUACGCAGUGGGUAUUUCAUGGUGAGAGACCCAUAACUUCAACUGGCACAACUGAACAACAUUCUGAAAUGGAGCAUGACAUGGACGGGUUACUUCGUGAUGCUUUUGCGAUGCCUCCUUUAGAAGAGACAAUUUCUGGUGAAGGAGAAAGGAAUCAAGAAGUAGGAGAAAAUGUCAAGUUUUACAAAUUAAUGAAAGAGAAUGAACAAGUUCUUUAUCCAAACUGUAAGAAGUAUAGCAAACUAUCCUUUAUGGUGCAUUUGUAUCAUUUAAAGUGUCUUCAUGGGUGGAGUGACAAGUCCUUCUCUAUGCUAUUAGAUUUAUUGAGAGAUGCUCUACCAGAAGGGAAUGUUUUGCCAAAGUCAUACUAUGAAACAAAGAAGAUGAUUUCAGGGUUAGGUUUGGGGUAUGAAAAGAUCCAUGCUUGUCCUAAUGACUGCAUAUUGUAUUGGGAUAAAUAUAUAAAAGAUCAUGUAUGUCCAAAGUGUGGUACUUCAAGAUGGAAAACAACAAAUAAGGAUGUACAAGCUAAUGGAAAAGAAACUUCUGAAAAGCGUAAAAAGUUACCCGCAAAGAUCCUUCGUUGGUUUCCAUUGAAACCGAGGCUGCAAAGGUUAUUCAUGUCAUCUAAAAUUUAUGAAUCAAUGAGAUGGCAUCAUGAUGGUAGAGUGAAUGAUGGGUCUCUUAGGCAUCCAGCCGACUCACUUGCUUGGAAGGAGUUUGACUCUCAAUACAAAACAUUUUCGUCAGAUGCACGUAAUGUUCGAUUAGGGGUUGCUUCUGAUGGCUUCAAUCCUUUUAAGACAAUGAGUAUAACCCAUAGCACCUGGCCUGUCAUACUAAUUCCCUAUAAUCUUCCUCCUUGGAUGUGCAUGAAACAAUCAUCCUUCAUGUUAUCUCUACUAAUUCCAGGCCCUAAAGGCCCUGGAAAUAAUAUUGAUGUUUAUCUACAACCAUUAAUACAAGAGCUGCAGGAGUUAUGGUUUGAUGGAGUAGAAACAUUUGAUGCCUACAAGAAAGAGACUUUCCAACUCCAUGCUGCUGUAAUGUGGACUAUUAAUGAUUUUCCAGCCUAUGCAAACUUAUCUGGAUGGAGUACUAAAGGUCAAUACGCCUGUCCCUGUUGUGGUAUUGAAACUUCUUCACGGUGGUUAAAGCACGGUGGAAAAUUUUGCUACAUGUGUCACCGACGUUGGUUAGCGCCUAACCACAAGUGGAGGUUGAACAGUAGGGAUUUUGAUGGAACAAAGGAGUCAAUAGGUCCUCCUAGAAGACAUGAUGGGGUUGAAAUUUCAAGGCAAAUAAAUGAAAUUAGAGAAGAAGGUUUAGAGAACGGGGCAUAA